CUACCCGCCACAAUGUCUGCCGUCGCCCGCUCCAUCCGCCCCUUCGCCUCGCGCGCCCUCUCCCAGAAGCUCCCGCUGGCCGCCGCCCGCAGGGUUUCGCCCGUCAUGGGUUUCCCGCGGGGAAGUAUCAGGAGCUUCUCGCAGAGCCCCUUCAUGGAGGUGAAGAAGUACACCGAGUCCCACGAGUGGAUCGAGCUGGCCGACAACGGCAAGACCGCUAAGAUCGGUAUCACGGAAUACGCCGCCAAGUCCCUCGGCGACGUUGUCUUCGUCGAGCUGCCCCAGGAGGACCUCGAGGUCAGCGCCGGAGAGCCCGUCGGUGCCGUCGAGUCCGUCAAGUCUGCCUCCGACGUCCUGUCCCCUGUCUCCGGGAAGGUCGUGCAGGGUAACGCUAUCCUCGAGGACAAGGCCAAGUUCAUCAACGAGAGCCCUGAGAACGAGGCCUGGAUCGCCGAGAUCGAGGUCAGCGACGCGGCUGAGCUGGAUGGCCUGCUGGACGCUGCGGCCUACAAGGAGUCGCUGGAUGAGGAGUAGAUGUUCGGACCCGGCUCGAGUUGAUUGAUAUAGCGGUGCGUGUGUGAGGGUUUGGUUCUUUUGUUUUUUAUUCGGGUUUGGACUGUUGGAGCUGUUUCAACUUUGCGCGGUUCGUUCUAUGAGAAUUGGGUUCUUAUUUCAUUUGUCCGGUUUAUAUUUAUAUCUGUCUGAGGAAAAUGUUAGACUUGUGCUGGGCCGUCACUGGCCUCGGGCUUUCUGUUCAACAGCGAAGGCCUUUACCAAUAUACAAUGAUACGAUGAUUAUCUACUGUGGUCUGUGAGGGUGGUCGAUGAUGUAAUGUGGGGAUGGUUUACCGUGCGGCUCCGGAGCCCGUCCGAUGGGUUUACUACAAG